UUUUGCCUUCAUCGGACAAAAUUCCACGUCUCUUUUCGAAAGACGAACCGCGGCGACGGCGGUAGAAGUUUUCGCCGAAAUUGGAGAAAUUUCUACUUGAGCGUAGUUUUAGCCUAGUUGUAACAUGACACAGUGAUGAGAACAAUGCACAAAUAACUAGCGUGUAAUAGGGUGUGUAAUUUUACAAGCGGAGGAAUUUUAUAACGUAAGGAAAUUGAAGAAAGAAAUCCAAGAUGACCAUGAAGAACAACAACAAGAUGCUAUUGGGGGUGGUGAUGAUGCUGGCAGGAAUGCUAUCAUGUGCGGCCGCUCACGGUUGGGGUUCGGACGAUAUGGAGAUUUUCGAUCUGGUCGAGGAGGUUAAUGAGAAUUUCUACACUUUGAUGCAGAUCAAUCAGAAUGCGACGAAUCAGGAGAUCAAGCGAGCUUUUCGAACCAUGUCGGUGUUGUUACAUCCGGACAAGAACGAUGCCGAGGAUGCGAAUAUCAAGUUUCGGAACAUGGUGGCGGUGUAUGAGGUGUUGAAGGACGCUGGGAAAAGGGAAAAGUACGACAAGGUACUGAAGGAGGGAAUGCCGAACUGGAAGUCUGCGUUGUACUACUAUCGGCGAAUGCGGAAGGUUGGUCUGGCGGAAGGACUGGCCAUUGUGAUGCUCAUCAUCUCGGUUAUACAGUACGCUACAGCGUGGGCAGCGUACGCCGAGAAGAAGUAUACGGCGGAACAAAUUUUCGGUAGUAAGCUAAAGAAGUUGCAGAAGAAGAACAAAACUAGCAUGGAUAUGGAUACUAUACUAAGCGAGAUACCAACGCCUAGCAUCUGGAACAUUCUACCGUUCCAGAUUCCGGUGUGGACGUACAAGACUAUUACUGGAACGCCUGGUGCGAUUAAAUCGGCCAUGAACUUCUAUGCCGAGCAGAAGAAGGCCGAGGAAGAGCGGAAGCAGAUGGAAAAAGAGGAAGAAGAACUGCUGCGUAAACAGGAGGAAGAACGUGCCAAACUGAAGGAAGAUCGCAACCUUCGUAAACGCAACAAGAAGUUCGUUGCGCCGGAGAAGACCGACGAAGAACUGGCUGCGUACACCCAAAGCAUUAUUCAGCCGUCGGCAAAUGACACCAACAAAGCCAAACCAAAGCCCGUGGUAACCGGUGGCCUUUGGACCGAGGACGAUCUAAUGGAGUUGAUCCGCCUGGUCAAGAAAUACCCAGGUGGAACCACCGACCGGUGGGAGAUCAUCGCCGAAAUGAUGGGUCGAGCCGUCGCCGAGGUGACCCAUAUGGCGGCAAAGAUGAAGGAGACUGCCUUCAAGGUGCCCGGCCAGACGGAAAGCGUCGCAGAAACCAUCAUCCAGGAGGCGACCAAACAGAAGAUCAAGACCAAAAAGACUGAACCAACCGCUGCGGCCGCAGCGGAGUCCUCCUCCAACUGGUCCCAAACGCAGCAGGCUGCGCUGGAGACCGCCAUCCAGAAGUACCCCAAGAGCGGCUCCUCGGACCGUUGGCAGAAGAUUGCGGGAUGCGUCCCCGGCAAGACCAAGGAAGAGUGCAUGACGCGGUACAAGUAUCUGGUAGAGCUCGUCAAGAAGCAAAAGGAGGAGAAGGAACGCGAAGCGUCGGCGGCGGCGGCAGCCGCACCCGAAGAACCACAAGAAUGUCCAGCGACGGAGGAACCCUCCUGCGAGGAACGGAUAGAGGAGCCCAAAUCGAAAGCCAAGGGCAAGAAAGCGAAGAAGCAAGAGGCGUCCGCGGUGGCUGCGGAGGAGGCGGAUGACGAUGCAGCUGAUAAGCAGAAGGGCGGCAAGGCGAAGAACAAGCGACGCGAACGGAAGAAGGCCAUCGAGUACUACAGCUACGAAGAUUCGGAUGGCGAGGACGGCGCAGGCAGUGAACCGGGCGAAAUCUAGUCUGAAUUCGACGGUCGUUAGGAUUAGAAGGAGCGCGCGUGCGUGUGUUUGACAUUACCAUGAAGUUUAGCUUUGGGACUUACAGCGAACGCAGAGCUUGUGUGAGUUUUUGAAAUAAAAUGUCGUUUGAUAGCUCGAAA